AUGGGGCAAACCGAGAGCUGUUCGUUGCCGCUUGCUGCGUUGCGCGGCAAUCUCGAGCACGUCCAAGCGCUCUUGGCCCAAGGCGUCGACGUUAACAGCGUCGACAGCGAGGGUCAAUCAGCCUUGUUCGCGUCGGUCGAGAAGAACCAUGUCGACGUCAUCGACGCGCUUCUUGCAGCGGGCGCCAAAGUCGACUUCAGUGGCGAAGGUUUUGUGUCACCACUCAUUUGCGCCAUCCAGAAGGAGCGCGACGAGGUCGUGGCCAAGCUCAUUGCUGCUGGUGCCGACGUCGAUUUUAUAAUCGACGGCAAGAGUGCGCUGGUCUACGCUGUCAGCACGGAAAACGUCACUAUUAUUCAAAGACUUCUCGACGCCGAAGCCGACGUCAACGCCUAUCACAAGGAAAAUGGAGCCCCGCCCAUUGCUAUGGCCAUCUACCUCAAGUCUCCGCUCGUACGGCUUUUGCUAGAUGCCGGGGCCUGUGUCAACUCGGACGGAUCGUCGCUGUUGCAUCUUGCUGCCGACGUGAGCACCCUUGAGAUUGUCACGAUGCUGCUCGAGGCCGGCGCCAAAGUCAAUUCGCAAGGCGAGACGGCGGGCACCGCGUUGCACGCAGCCGCCCAAAACAACCGUUUUGAGAUCGCGUCCCUACUGCUUCGAGCUGGCGCUAACGUCAACAGCGUCGACAAGGAACGGGAGACACCGCUGUUUCGAGCCGCGCAGCGUGGCCACGUAGCGAUGGUCGACCUACUUCUCGCGGCCAAUGCUGACGUGCACCGCUGCGACGAGGAUGGACGGUCGCCGUUGUUCAUGGCUGCCAAGAACGGGAACACGAUCGUGGUGCAGCACCUCCUGGAAGCCGGCGCCGACAUCUACAGAUGCACCUCGACGGGCCAGUCGGUGCUCCGUGCAGCUGUGACCUCUGGUCACGUGCGGGUCGUGCGCAUGCUUCUCGCUGCCGGCGCGUACAUAGAUCGAUCGCAGAACGGACCGCUCGCAGCCGCGAUCGAGGAAGACCACCAAGACAUCGUACUGCUCUUGUGCGAGGCGAUCGUCGAGCAGGCCAAGCACCCGCGACCAACAAUCAUGCUGCCACCGAUCGAGACCGACGAGGCCGACCGCUGGCUCGACGUCGACGACGCGACCACGCUGCCCGACCGAGCCUAA